AUGUCUGCUGAGACAAUAAUAAAAAACAUCUUUCAGUUUGCCAAAGUUUUAAAUGAUGCAUCAGGAGAAAAUGUAUGUCACUGGAAUACUAAAUCUUUACAAAAUGCUCUCAAUUGGGCUGAUUACUGUCAAGAGGUAACCUGUUGUUUUUUUAAAAAUCUGGCUACAACGUAAAUGCUCUUUUCUAACUUUUUUUAAUGAGGUACAUUCAAUCUUAUGAUUUAUUACUGGCCCCAAAUAAACUGUAGAGCCACUUAAUCUGAUGUGCAGAUAAUUGAAUCCAUUAUAUAAGAUUUGAAAAGUAACAAGUUUAGAAAUAAUGAAAUUUUAUUAAAUAUGAAUAUUUUAUAGGGAAUAUUGACAAUACAGAAUUUAAAUGUAUUCAUAAGCUAAGAAAAAUGUUACAAUGUUUAUUUUAAGUGCUGUUAAAGAUUUUUUAAGGUUUGAAUUUGAGAAUAAAAAUUGUGGGAAUAUUUACCAUCAACUAAAUACUCAUUUUAAAAAAAACCUACAGUAAAAAUACAGAGCAAGUGGGAGAGAAAGAAAUAAAGCAAUUAACUUAAUCAUUUUUCUAUAGUUUUUAAUGAUAAAAUUAUCUAUGGCGGAAGGUCUCAUGUCCUUAUGGCCACUGGAUCUGAAUAAUGAGGGAUACAAUUAUAUGAUUCACAGUUAAUUAAACAGCUUUUUAUAGAUGAUUUUAGUAUUUUAUUUUAUGCUUUAGAUAUAUAGACAAGUGAAAGGCAUGGAAUAUGAAGCAGGUGUAAACAGACAGCUAGAAGAGAUGACAAUGUUUCUGGAACCAGUGUCUUGUUUAAGGUUUUCUGUAGAGUGUCUUGGAAAUGCUAAAUAUUUACUUGCUGAGGUAAGUUUUGGAAUAAAUAAUUACAUUUACUUUUCUUAAAUGAGAAUAUUUGGUAUUUUGAAAUUUAACUUCAUUAUUUAAAAAAAAAAGUCUAAAGUUUUAACCCCUAAGAAAUAUAUAUAAUAAAUGAUUGAAUGCUAUUAAUACCAGUAUGCUUUUAUUUUAAAUUGAUAGUGAUUCUUUUAUUUCAGACUCUAAUGACCAAUCCCAAAUUCCCUAGCACAUCCCAAGAAAUAUUACAGAAUUUAAUUAAAGCUAAAGCUGAUGGUCCUAUAAUCAUCCAACAGGUUAGUUUUUUUAACAUUUAAAAUUGUAUGGUUUUCUUUGCAAGUUUCGUAUAUCUGCAGUUUACUACAAUAAGGUAUAAGCCAUUAUUUUUUCAUUUAUAAAGUUUUUUUAAAUAAAAGCUUCCCAUAUUUUUUUUAAGGAAAUUUAUUUUGUAAAAUACUGACUCAUUUUAAAAUAAAUAUUUAGGUCAAGUUUUACCAAUUACAUGAGUUUUUUAAAAUUUAGCUUCAAAAAGAGACAUGCUUCAAGAUUUACCAGGAUCUUGUGAGUUUUAUUUGCAUCCAACAAGAAGAUAAGACGGCCAACGACAAAAUAAUUGAACAUGAAUCAAGUUAUCAAGCCAAGGCUCUUUUACAUCAUUUGGCUAAAACUGCACAUGCUGCCACUAAAGUGCAACGGUAGGGUUUAGAAGAGUUGUGAGGAAAUUUAAGAUGAAAAUUACAUUAUUUUUAAGGUUGUCAGUUAAAAAAAAAAGAUAUAGAGACUAAUUAAAAAGAUAUGAAUUAUAAUAUUUACAUUUUAUUUUAGGAAAUUAGACUCUUUAAUUUUAAUGAGUCACAAUCAUGAUCGUACCUGUAGAUCGAUAUAUAUUUAUUACAUAUUGUCCAUGCAUGAAAUAUUAAUUAAAAAAAAAAAAAGAUUUUGCAAGUAUAUGUGUUAGUGCAUAUUUCAUGAAAUACACAUUUAAAUUUAAUGGAUACUUGCAAUUAAUAUAAAUAUAAGUACGUUUUUUAAGACUGACACAAAUAAAUAUGCUUUAUAAAGAUAACUGACUAUUAUUUUUUAGGUGCAUUGAUAAAGUUCAUGGAAUGUGCUCAAGAAGUUGUAGAUAUAUUUUUUUAAAAAUAUUUAAACAAUUUAUUAUUUUUAAUAAUCUUCUUAAUUUUUAUUUAAAAAAAGAAAAAUCCUGACUUUGGUUAGUAUGAAUUUGUAUUUUUAAAAAUAAUUUAAAAAGAAUAAAUAUUUUGGUUUUAUGUUUUACUCAGCAAGGAAAUAUGGAAUUUUAAUCAAGUGUUUCAUAUUUUCAUCAAAUUAGUAUAUUUGUGACCUUCUGCAACUUCUUAAGCAUAUGUUGCGCUGUUGAAAACACAUACAUUCACUUUAAAAAAAAGGAAUUUAAAAAACUUUGAUUUCAAAAAUGGUAUGGCAUUCAGAUUUUGUGAGCAUUUAAUUUGUAUGCAUCAAAAUGUAUUUUUUCUGACCUAUGUAUUUAUAAAUAAUGAAAGUAAAAUUGCACUGGUAUUAAUGACCUUAUCAUCUCAAAUACAAGAACUAAAGUCACUAUGAAUGAAUAUGUACUAAAAUGGAAUUUUUAUGGAAAUUUUUUUGCAUGGAUCUGCAAAUUUUGAUCAAAAUUGACUAGUAAAAUAUUUCUGGUAAAAAGGACAAAACUAUCAAUGUUUUUAGAUUUCAAUAUAUAUUUACUUUGAUAAUGCAAAUGAUAUAACUGUAUAGUUCUUAAAAUUCUUAAGAAAAACUUUUAAAAACAGUUAUGGGUGAAAAUUAUCUUUUUCAAACUCAAGUGGAAAACACAAUAUUUGUUAUUUUCUUUUAUAAUAUAAUACAUUAUUGUUGUUUUAAUGAAACCUAUUUGGAAACACCUGCCUAAUGACUCUGAAUAAAAUAUUUUUCUUUUAAAUUUUCCUUAAGGCUACUCAAAAUUUAAAUACUUUCAGAUUUAAAAAAUAUUGCCAAGCCGUCUAUGAUAAAUUGGCAGAAUCUCAAAAAGGACU